CUCAACGCCAAACGAUAGUGUUGACGAUCAAUCGAUCAUUAAUCUGGUGACGGACUGGUGACAAGCGGUUGGAUGGCCUCGGAACCAAGUAAAGUUGGGUGCCAAGCGACUAAGCGUCUCACUCAGUUUUAUCCCAAAGAGACUCCCUUUCUCCUCUAAAAUCUCAAAGGAAUUUGGUCCAGUAUAUACAACACACUGCUUACUACAAUAGUUCUUGAACUCUGCGAUUUCUUUGGGGCUUUGAGUCGGACAACAAACCGCUUCUUGAUGUCGUCUAGAGAGACUAGAGAGACCAAUGUCCAACCAGGGAGCCAGGAAACCUCAUCGGAAGGAAGUAGCCGUGUGCUACCUAAGAGAGACAAAAAACCCAGCAGUACUUCAAGAUUCACAUCUAGGAACAUCUCAGCAGCUUCUAAAAGAAUACAGCGAGAAUUAGCAGAAAUAACCAUGGAUCCUCCUCCAAACUGCAGUGCUGGUCCCAAAGGAGACAACAUAUUCGAGUGGUAUGCUACUAUUCUUGGUCCUCCUGAAUCUGUCUACGACAAGGGAGUUUUCUUUCUCGACAUUCACUUCCCUACAGACUAUCCCUUCAAACCACCAAAGGUGUCGUUUAAAACAAGAAUAUAUCACUGCAACAUUAAUAGUCAAGGUACAAUCUGUCUCGAUAUCCUCAAAGACGGAUGGAGUCCAGCUAUGACAAUAUCUAAGGUUUUAUUAUCUAUUCGCUCGCUGCUAGCGGACAGCAAUCCUGCUGAUCCUCUGGUUGGAAGCAUCGCCACACAGUACCAGACAAACAGAGAAGAACACGAUAGGAUAGCAAGAGAAUGGACUAAACGAUAUGCUACAUGAAGAAUCAAGGGCGGUUUUCACUUUACUAGGGUUGUUAUGGAAGUAUAAGCACAGACGCGAAAAUUCAAUGGAAAACAUUCAUGGUUUGCUCUCAUUCCCAAGAGAGUCGAGACAUUGGCCAUGCUGGUGGUAUAUUAACAAAGUAAACUAGUCAGAAAUCUUGUUAUAAACCUCCAACAUGGCGGCGAUGACGUAAUGUGCCAUUAUAUAUAUUUUCAUCAACCGGUGAAGACCAAACAAAAAUUAUAUAUAAAUCUAUAGGAAAUCAUUAUGGUAUAUUAAAUAUUUAUGUACAUUCUUUAAGAAAAUACAAAACAAUACAACAACAAAUUAAAGAKGGCACUAAUGCCAAUUAGAAUCAAAUUAAAACGGCUUCGCCCA